AGCCAGGGUGUGACGUGUGGCCUCUGGGAAGACUCUGGCUGCGGACUCCGCGUCUCUCCUUCCCUUUCCCCCCGUCCCCUCCUUCCGCUACGGGUCGCGGCUGGGGGCGGCCGGGUCGUCCGGGGCGACGCGGCUCCCCCUCCGCUCCUUUCUCCUCCUCGGCCCCCUCCCCCUCCCCAGCGCUUCGGUCCAAGAUGGCGGCGCUGAGCAGCGGCGGCAGCGCCGAGGGGGCCUCGCUCUUCAACGGAGACAUGGAGCCCGAGCCGCCUCCAACGGGGGCCUGCUACGCGGGAGGAAGCGGCAGCGCCGGAGGAGACCCCGCCAUCCCCGAGGAGGUGUGGAACAUCAAACAGAUGAUUAAAUUAACACAAGAGCACAUAGAGGCCCUGCUGGAGAAGUUUGGAGGAGAACAUAAUCCACCAUCUAUAUAUUUGGAGGCCUAUGAGGAAUAUACCAGCAAAUUAGAUGCACUGCAGCAGCGGGAGCAGCAAUUACUGGAAUCCAUGGGGAAUGGAACUGAUUUCUCUGUCUCCAGUUCGGCUUCAACAGAUACCGUUACAUCAUCAUCAUCCUCUAGUCUCUCAGUAGCCCCUUCAUCCCUCUCAGUUUAUCAGAACCCUACAGAUUUGUCACGGAGCAACCCUAAAUCUCCACAGAAACCUACAGUUAGAGUCUUCCUGCCCAAUAAACAGAGAACUGUGGUUCCAGCAAGAUGUGGGGUAACAGUCCGGGAUAGUUUAAAGAAAGCUUUGAUGAUGCGAGGUCUUAUCCCAGAAUGCUGUGCUGUUUAUCGAAUACAAGAUGGGGAGAAGAAACCAAUUGGUUGGGAUACAGACAUUUCCUGGCUCACUGGAGAGGAAUUACACGUGGAGGUCUUGGAGAACGUGCCUCUUACAACACAUAACUUUGUACGAAAGACAUUCUUUACUUUAGCGUUCUGCGACUUCUGUCGAAAGCUGCUUUUCCAGGGAUUCCGCUGUCAGACUUGUGGAUAUAAAUUUCACCAGCGUUGUAGUACAGAGGUGCCAUUGAUGUGUGUGAAUUACGAUCAGCUUGACUUGCUAUUCGUCUCCAAGUUCUUUGAACACCACCCAAUACCACAGGAGGAGGCCUCCUUAGGAGACACCACCCCAGCAUCUGGUUCAUACCCCUCAGUGGCGCCCUCAGAUUCUACUGGCCCAGCAACCCUCCCCAGCCCUUCUCCUUCAAAAUCCAUUCCAAUACCCCAGCCUUUCCGUCCGGCAGACGAAGACCAUCGGAAUCAGAUUGCUCAACGAGAUCGUUCCUCAUCUGCCCCCAACGUGCACAUCAACACGAUAGAACCUGUCAACAUUGAUGAAUUCAUUAGAGAUCAAGGGUUGCGAGGAGAGGGAGCCCCUAUGAACCAGCUGAUGCGCUGCCUUCGGAAAUACCAAUCCCGGACUCCCAGUCCCCUCCUCCAUUCUGUCCCCAGUGAGAUAGUGUUUGAUUUUGAGCCUGGCCCAGUGUUCAGAGGUUCAACCACUGGUCUGUCUGCUACACCGCCUGCUUCCCUACCUGGGUCCCUCACCAAUGUGAAAGCAUUACAGAAAUCCCCUGGCCCUCAGCGAGAGAGAAAAUCCUCUUCAUCUUCAGAAGAUCGGACUAGAAUGAAAACCCUUGGUCGACGAGACUCGAGUGAUGAUUGGGAGAUACCAGAUGGCCAGAUCACAGUUGGACAGAGGAUAGGUUCUGGGUCUUUUGGAACAGUCUAUAAAGGAAAGUGGCAUGGUGAUGUGGCAGUGAAAAUGUUGAAUGUUACAGCGCCUACCCCUCAGCAGUUACAAGCCUUUAAAAAUGAAGUAGGAGUGCUCAGGAAAACACGGCAUGUGAAUAUAUUACUUUUCAUGGGUUAUUCGACCAAGCCCCAGUUGGCUAUAGUUACACAGUGGUGUGAGGGGUCCAGCCUUUACCACCAUCUGCACAUCAUCGAGACCAAAUUUGAGAUGAUCAAGCUGAUCGACAUCGCACGGCAGACGGCACAAGGCAUGGAUUACUUGCACGCCAAGUCAAUCAUUCACAGAGACCUCAAGAGUAAUAAUAUAUUUCUCCACGAGGAUCUCACGGUAAAAAUAGGUGACUUCGGCCUAGCAACAGUGAAAUCACGGUGGAGUGGGUCUCAUCAGUUUGAACAGUUGUCUGGAUCAAUUCUCUGGAUGGCACCAGAGGUCAUACGGAUGCAGGAUAAAAACCCAUAUAGCUUUCAAUCAGAUGUAUAUGCAUUCGGUAUCGUUCUGUACGAACUGAUGACUGGGCAGUUACCAUAUUCAAACAUCAACAACAGGGACCAGAUCAUUUUCAUGGUGGGGCGAGGAUACCUCUCUCCAGACCUCAGCAAAGUGCGCAGCAACUGUCCCAAAGCUAUGAAGAGGCUCAUGGCAGAGUGCUUGAAAAAGAAGCGGGACGAGCGGCAUCUCUUCCCACAGAUCCUUGCCUCCAUUGAACUUCUGGCCCGGUCGUUGCCAAAAAUUCACCGCAGUGCAUCUGAGCCCUCCUUGAACCGGGCUGGAUUCCAGACGGAGGAUUUCAGUCUGUACGCUUGCGCUUCUCCGAAAACACCCAUUCAGGCAGGGGGAUAUGGCGAAUUUGCGGCGUUCAAGUAGCCACAGCAACACUGGCAGCAAAAUCCACUCUGUUACUUAAAAAACAAAGAAAAAAAAAGCCUUGUGUUCUUACACUUUCUUUCUGUAACAUCCAGACUCCGUUCUGCCCCUCCAAGCAAAGCAAUUUAGAGCAAAAACAAGAUUCGCACACUCAAAGCAGGGCAGAAUGGAGCUACUAGAAUGGAGCUACGUGUUCAGUGCAGUCAGGGUGUGGGGAGAAUCCUCUUUUUAAGUACCAGAAUUUGCUGCCUGUGUGUUCACCUCCAACCCAAACACCACGUGCAUUUGGAGAUGCACUCCCUCCCCACCCACCCCCCGCCCUGGCCGUGGCUGCCUGUACCGUUGGCAUCAUUCCCAGGAGAGAGGAGAGGGCCCGCGCUUUGACUUUUCGGUGCUCUGGCAUGAUGGGAUUGGAACACUCCUGCUGCAACCUAGGCUUGGGAUGAUCUGCUGGUCGGCUUUCUCCCUCUAACAACGAAUCAUCAGAGGCUGUGAACGUCUGAUGAGACUGAGCUAAUCAAAAACAAUCCAACUGUCCUCCUGGUCUGAUUUGAUUUAUAGUUUGUGCUUCUUUUUUUUUCCUGGUGUGGUUUUGCUGAUCCAUGGGACGAGUGCAGUCUCCCCUUUUCAAACGAACGCCGGCUCUUUCGCAUCUGCGUAAUAAUUUGGAAAAUGUCACCAAUCUGAAAGAGGUUCGAAUGAGGGGGGUUUGGAAAAUGGGUCGUCAGGAGGAAAAGGGGAUGCUGCAUGCCUCUCUUUCCAGAAUUGCUUUGAUUUCUUGUUCAGAACCAUCUUUUCCGUCGCUUUCCUUUUUGUACGUUUUCUGGAACGGGGUUGGGAGGUGCUUGUUGUCGGGCCAGCAACGAAAUUUUGCAGAAUUGUAGCCAACUUAUACAUGUGUGGUUCCCUUUCAUUUUGUGUUAUCCUUUGAUUCUCUCUCUCUCUCUCUCUCUCUCUCUCUCUCUCUCUCUCUGUUUUUCUCUAGAGCUUCUCAUGCAGACUAUAAACCAAUGUACCUAUUUUAAAAGGUGCAAGAUAAUGUCAGGUACUUCUUGUUUCAUAAACAGAAAUUCUCAGGUUGAAUUGAGUCUGUUUAAAACAACAACCCUGCAUCCCCACAAGAAUUAGACAUUUCCAAAAUUGUGUGCUUUGGUACUUCCUUUUUUUAAAAAUGACUUUGAAUUGUGUUAAUUCAGCUAACUCCUUAAGUGUGGGUAUAUAAAUAUGCAGUAACUUGUCUGAAAUGACAACAUGCUGACUUUUUUAAAAAAAGAAAAAGGUACUCGGAUCAAAACUUCUCUCGCCAGUUUCCAACCCUCAGUCUUUCCCCUGCAGUUUCUUCUUUCCUUGCCGUAUCUUCAUUGUAAAGACCGUGGUGAUUACAUUUCCUUUAUCUUUUUGCUGUCUGUCCUAAUUUGCAGCAUGAUACAUAGUUUUGAGUUUCACCAUUGGUAAAAGAAAACCAGGAAAAAAAAUAGAAAGAUCUGCAUGUAGUUUACUUUGGGAAGGGGGAUCACAAAGUGAGCUGUUUGCAAAAUCCUCUGCUAUGCUAUGUAAUAUUUCUUUGUAGAGCGCUAAGUCAGAUGCUAGCAGGAAGGAGUCCAGAUGUUCACAGAGUCCAUGGCCAAUUGGCCAUACUGACAGGGGCUGAUGGGAAUUGUAGUUCAUGAACAUCUGGAGAGCCGCAGGUUGCAGACCCCUGCACUAGAUCAUGGUGGGAGAUGACUGGGCCUUCACUAACAUUGUGAGUGGCUAAAAUCAGACUGCCUGGCAGAUGGGGAAAGCAAAGCAGCAGUAUCAAGGAUCCAUACGUCGGUAUAUACAGCAGCUCUGCCCUUGGGAGGGUUGUGUGGGAAGCAGGUAGGGACAAGUCUGACCUCGUAGCUAAGAGACUUUGAAGAAAGUCUCAUUGGUCACGGCCCUCUCUUUCACUGGCCUUUCGUGUUAUCCUGUUCGUUACGUUCAGUCAAAUAUUCACUAGAAAUUCCAAUUACUAUACCAAUUGAAGCAAGAGGCAAAUGUACGUCCAUCUGUACAUUGUUUUUAUUUUUUUAAUUAAAAUUAAAUUCCCGCCCUCCCCGACCGAAGUUGGGCUCAGGGUGGCGUGCAGACAUUUUAGAACCAUUUUACAAAUACAUGAAAUUCACUAUACCUGACAUUGAAACUCACUAAAAACGCAAGAUGGCAGACAGACAAAUUUGAGCUAUGGAAAUCAUCCAACCCAGCCCAGGUAUGAAACGCAUCUUAAAAACUACCUGGGCAUGGGCCAAGUCAAGUGAGGGCAGUGCUAAGUAACCACGCGUUGAUUGUUAUAGGAGGCUGGCUGAUGCUAUCGGGACGCACGAGUGGCCUUAACCUAAGACCUGGGAGAACAUCUCUGUUUUACAGGCCCUGUGGAACUGUUUAAAGAUCCUGUAGGGCCCGGUGUCAGCUGACAGAGAGUUCCACCAGGCUGGAACCAACACAGAAAAAGCCAUCCCUGGGGCUAGGGACAACCAGAAGGUUCUUAUUGGAGAACCAGACUAUCCUCUGCUGGCAAUGCGGGGUGAUGAAUUCCACCGAUAGCAAGGUAGUGGUUAAUCAUGUGAAGUUGUUGGGCACAGUGCGUGUGUGUGUCUCCUUGGCACGUGUGCCACUGAACUGAGUGGUUGUGUAAAAGUACUGACGUGUUCGUGUUUGUUUCAAUGACAGGUAGCACUUGAGAAUUGCGCAGUGGAUUUUGCAAGCUCUAAGCAGAAGGCAGCAGCAUGUGCGAGCAUAGGCAUAGCGUACCGAGCAAGAUACAUUAUAAUUUGCGACCAGAAGAAGCAGUUUCCCCCAUCUUUGCUCUCCCCAUGUGCAUAUGUGGAGAGAACAGUGUUUCUGAACUUGGGCCCUCCUUUUACCUUCCUCCCUUUUAGUCCCUGCCACAUGAGCAUCAAUGAUUAGGGAAUGGAUAGAAAAGGAUAUCACUGACUCCUUCCAACACUGCGCACCAGGAUAUAUUGUGAAAGCCAGGUGGGUGGCAACUUUUAGCUUCAUAGUUUCUGAAUCACAUUGGGAUGAUAGGGGAGAGGGGCCACAAAUCCAGCUGGGAUCUGUGAGGUUCAUCUGUGCAGGUCUGAGGGGGAGGGGGAUUAAUACCUUCCACCAUCCUGUUCUUUCUAGCAACUCUACUUCCGGUGCCUGCUUCCUAACCCACUUGUAGCCAAAUCCACAGGGUUAGAGAGUAGAUUGACUAGGAAUAAAAACAACUUACUGCUAAAAGAAGCAAGAUGUAUCUGCAGCAAUCCAAGAUCUUUAUAGAAUAGUCUUCUUCAGAGAGCAGUAUUGUCCCUGUUGAUAGGCAGCUUGGGAAGAAAAGAUCUCAUGACUUGGUUGACCAAAUACCAUCUCUGAGGUAUGAGGAUAAGGUUGUCACACACGAUUACCCGUGAAGUUGCCUCAGGCCAGUGGUCUGUCAGGCUCAAUAUUGUCUGAUUGGAAAUGGCUCUUCAGGGGCUCAAAGUAGAGGUCUUUCAUAUGACCAGUUACGAGAUGCUCUUAACUGCAGAUGCUGAGUAUUAAACCAGGGACCUUCAAUGUUCCACGCAAAUGAUUUACUGCUGAGGCUCAGCCCCAGCCCUCCCCCCAUACCUUUUUACAUGCUUCCUUUGACGCAUUAUCCGUAGAGUUUAUAUCAAUAUAUUUUCAAGCGUUAACAAUUGGAAGGUGACUAUAAUUGGCAUGCUUCAGCCGUGUGCAGAUGAUCAUUUAUGCAUGGAGGGAUGGUCAUGCUUAUUCCAGUGGGUUACAUUUCCUCCCAACACGCAGCCCCCAUGCAUUGGAUAGGUUACCCAUGUGUCGUCUAAUGUAUUCCAGCUUCAGCUGCUGGAUCUGUACCCUGGUAAAUUGCCCUGUGUCCGUUGGGUCCUUUUCUUCUCACUGUGGCUCUUCCAGGACUUCUUGUGUCUGGUCCUCACUUCCUCCUUCAUAGUGGUUGCUUUUGAACAACAAAAGCCAGGGCAUCAUCACCCAAGUGAUGUGGAGAAGCCCCUUUGCACCUCCCCUCCUAGCAGUCACAGGCCUCCAUCCACAAACUCCCAGUAGAGGUUGUAUAAGUGCACAGGGACUGCCCUGUGUUUUUGCAGCGUUUUCUAUGAUUGCAAAUUCCACAAUCUCUGUUGUACCUAAGUGGAUGUUUAGUUCAUUCGAAUACUAGUUGAAAAAUCCAUGUUUUCUUUAGAUGAAUAUUUCUAUUUAUAAGAACCUGAAAUUUGUUUGUAUCUUGGCUUGAUUGCAUUAAGUUAAUUAUUCUUUAAUCUGCAAUAAGCUUUUUAAAAAAAUUAAUCUCUGAGGAAAGCAUUUUAUUCACAAAGAGCACUUUAUAAGAAGAAGAAAGAAGAAGAGUUGGAUUUAUAUCCCCCCUCUCUCUCCUGUAGGAGACUCAAAGGGGCUUACAAACUCCUUUCCCUUCCCCCCUCACAACAAACCCCCUGUGAGGUAGGUG